AUGGGGCGCGAUUCGACUCUGUUCAGACUCCUAUCUCAGGUGGAUUUCGAGGAAAUCCGACUGAAAGAAAGAAAGCAGCCGGCCCCUGGCUCCACAGGUGGCCGAAAGAAGAAAGCCGCUAAGAAAGCGGCCCCGGCCAAAACAAAGGAAGAAAGCAAAGGAAAGGAGAAAAUAACUUUCUCGGAACCGCCACAGCAAACCGAGGAUGAGGAGUCGGCCUCCCUCUUUGAGAGGACCGACACGGAGAAGACCGAGGAUGAUAGAUCGGUCAAUGAAGACGACAAUUCGGCCCAGAGCCCCAAUGGAGCUGGACCUCACACCAACCCUGAGACAACCGAAGGUGGUGAAGAGGAUGAUGAGGAGGAAGGUGAUAAAGAAGCCGGUAAUGAGGGUGGCGAUAAAGAAAAGGAGGAGGCCGAAGAAGCAGAGGCCGAUAGGAUAUCUCGGAAACUCCUUCAGGGCGUCAAAAAGCGAGCCGAGUCAAUUGAAGAACUGUACUUGGAAUGGCACGAUCACCGGUACGGCACACCAUAUAGAGAAAUCCUACCGGGCCACACAGACGUGGAGUGCAUCCAAAGAUUGGAGGAGGUGGAAGACUUGAUCAUGAACCUUACAAACUCCAACACACUUCAAGAGAUCGAUACGUUUCCGGAACACUGCCCAACACCUCCACAGGAGAAUGCGGCAUCCAAAGAUUCCGAUGAAAGAGCCGACCCCAACCUCACCGGGCAAUCCCCUCCUCCACAACCGGAAGUCCCCGCUUCAGACUUCACGAAAGAAUGGGUUGAGGACCGUCUUCAAAAGCUUGAAGCCUCCACAUCAGAACUGAUUGAUAACCGCAUUCAAGAGUUUGAAGACUCCGCGGUUCAGCCGUUCAAGGAUAGAUCCAUCAGAAUAUUUGAUUCGGCCCUCAAGUUCACCGACGCCACAAGGUGUCUUCUGGAAAGAAAUCAGGAACGAUUCUCAAAAAUCGGCGAAGAUCUGCGGGAAGAGGCGGUUCAGCGCAGUAAAUGUGUUCAGCGAACUGCAAUUCUGGAGGACUUGACCUCCGAGUUAAAGGGAGACUUCGACCGGUUUGAGAGAGAACCCGAUCAACGGUUGACAUCGAUGAGUGAUGACCUAGUGGGUACAACACUCGAACGGGUCUCCGAACUCGAGAAGAAAAAUGUGGAUCUCGUGGCCGAACUGAAGGCGCUUUCCGAACAGGUUGCCGAAUUGCUAAGGGUGAAGGUGAACGCGGACGCCGCGGCUGUAGAGGCGGAUGCUCAAGUGGCUAAGAGGGUCCAGGAUGCGCUGGAUGCCGAAGCAGGCAAAGAGAAAGAGGCACCGCGUUCAACUCACCUUACCGAAGAGGAAGAGGAAGCCGCGCGGAUGAAAAGGGGAGAGGCCUUGUUCCCAGGAUUUGCUAAGAGAGCAGCCGCUCUAGCUGCGGAGGAUGCAGAGCGGUUGGAAAGGGAAGCACGAAGGCUAGAAGGAUACGUAGCCGAAAACAAGAAGAAAAAGGCGGCCACCUCCACUUCAGCGCCGAAAAAGCGAAAGAGGGAAGCCCCUAAGAAAGCUCAAAUAGCCGACCUGCUCGAUGAGGUCACUGAAACGGUCAUCACGAGUACAUCGCAGCAGGCCGAUCAAGUCGAAGAAGAAGUUGAAGAACAACUGCAGUCCCGGAAGUGGUUGAUAUGUUCCGAUUCCUUGGAGUAUUCUGGCCUCAAAAAAUAUCUCAGCGGUCAUUUUAUUUUCCAUGAAAAGGAAGUUCGAGAGUUAUUCAAGUCGGCGACCAUGGUUGGUGAUUCCAUUUUAAAGACUGUGAAUGAGACGAUUAUUUCUUUUGAUGAGGCGGCUUAUGCGGAGUUCUUUGAACUUCCAUCGGAGGGCCACACUUUUAAUCUUCAUCUUCCAGCGGAAACUAUCAAGAAGAUGAAGACUGUUUUCUCAACCGACAGUUCAUAA